GCUUUCCGAGGCAGCAGCAGUUCCCCUGCACCCUCUCUCUCUCCUGCAGGCUGCACUCUCACUCACACACACACACACACUCUUAAAACCAAUAAGAUACUGGACGCGCACUCACAUGCUCUUACACUUGCAGACAACCUGCAGGCACACACAGUACUAAACGUAUUCACACUUCAAGUUCACAGCCGAGGCAGUUGCAGACAACUCUUGCUUCGGGUUCACUUAUUUCACCUUUACAAAACCUCACUGAAAAAUGAGGACGAUUGUGUUUUGUGCCAGUCUCCUGCUUGCAGCCACCUUGGUGCCGCGAACCAGCCUUGCAGCAGAGCUCCCUGUUAACUCUCACCAGAGAUGGGACAGUAGAGGACCCUACAAUUUUGGAUCUGAAUCUGGAGCCCCCACCUCCUGCUCCGUGAAACUUAGACCCUCGGGGCAGUGCGGGAGCUCCGGGGCUGGGGCAGAGGAGGACUGCCCCUACCAGAUUACCCUGCCGCCCCUCACCAUCCAGCUGCCCAAGCAGUUCAGGAUGCUGGAGAAGACGAUGAAGGAGCUGCAGAGCCUGAAGGAGGUGGUGAACAAGCUGAGAAGCGGGUGCCAGGAGUGCCUUGGGGCGCGGGGCAACGGCGCUUCAGGACAUCGGCAAGCAGAUCAGGGAGAAACUCAGAUUCAAAGAGAUGCUGGGGACGAAGUGAGACAGGACCUGACAGCUCAGGAGGUACAAGCUGGGUUCAUCCAGGAGGAGAGGGGAGAUGGGAUGGUCACUGGAGCUACACAUCGACAAGGUUCCAUUUUUGGGAGAAUUACACCGAGCCCGAGCAAUAUGCAGGAGAUGCAGGUGAAGCUGAAUAGGAUGUCAGCCAGUCUGCGGAACGCCAGGAGCCAGAUCUCGGCUCUGCAGGGUCGUCUGGAGGGGCUCAACCUGCUCAACAUGGACAAUGUUCAGGACAUGGUGGAUAGACGGGUGGAGAACAUCACUGGAGCGGUCGACAAGCUCAGCUCCAGCUGCACCACCCAAUGCCAAGCACAGAACUCCCCUCAAUUCAUCUUAGCCCCUCGAGACUGCUCAGAGUACAAUGUGCUGGAGGUGAAGAAGAACGGUGUGUAUCGUGUGACCCCUGAUUCCCGCAAUGGGACUUUUGAGGUUUUCUGUGAAAUGGAGUCCUUUGGAGGUGGCUGGACCGUGAUACAGCAGCGAGUGAAUGGCUCUGUCAGCUUCAAUCGCACCUGGGCAGAGUACAAGAAGGGCUUCGGAAACCUCAGAGGCGAGUUCUGGCUGGGCAACGACCAUAUCCAUUUGCUGACAAAAGCUAAGGACAUGAUUCUGCGUAUCGAGCUGGAGGACUUUGAGGGUGUCCGUGAAUAUGCAAAGUACGACCAGUUCUACGUGUCCAAUGAGUAUCUGCGCUACCGGUUGUCUAUCAGUGGAUACAGUGGGACUGCUGGGAAUGCCAUCAGCUUCAACAAGCACUUCAACCACGAUCAGAAGUUCUUCUCCACACCCGACCGCGACAACGACCUGUACCCGUCCGGAAACUGCGCCGCCUACUACAGCUCCGGCUGGUGGUUCGACGCCUGCAUGUCCGCCAACCUCAACGGGAAGUACUACCACAAGAGGUACAAGGGAGUCCGGAACGGGAUCUUCUGGGGAACGUGGCACAACAUGUCGACGGAGUACUACCCCACCAACUACAGGCAGGCCUUCAAAACCGUCAAGAUGAUGAUACGACCCAAGAACUAUGCUCCUUAAGAGGACAGGUAAAUAUCCAGGAGGAUAGUCAGGCGACCGCGACACAGAAAAUGGAAGAAAAAUUACGUGAAUACACAUAGUCAUGCACACAUUAACGUACGUGUACACAACAAGACCAUAGACAGUUUGAAUGCAACGAAAAUAAAAUCUGUUGUGUGCUAUUUCUUUUUCUCCUCCGUAGUGAGUGUGGUCUUCAGAAUGGUGGAUCGCUAUGACGAUAAUAAAGGACAAUGGGUUAUGAACAAAGAUGGACUAAUAAAAAAAAACACACACACACACACAACAUAAAGGCUAGGCUCCUUGCUCCUACAGGAGCCAUAACAUUAUAUGGAGGGUUACAAUGAGAGAUUUUUCUGACAUUCUAUGCUUCCUGUCCUGCUGCCUCCCGCUAUAAUCCCAGCUGACACACAGAACAGCACAUACUAGCAGUAAAAACUAAUGAGCUAUCACUUUCUCUGCUGCAAAUGAUUUCAUAAUUAACAGCGGCCACUGGAGUGAGAGCUGAUGAUACAGUUCUGAAAUUCAGCGCGAGAGACUUCAUGCCGUGCUCCAACUGCAGGCGGUUAUAUAUCAUUCUUUAGGAAGCUGCGCACAAGUAAAAGCUUCUGUGCCAUUUGUUUAAUUGCACUCGGACAAUUUCCUAAUAUAUCAUUAUCCCUUACGAUAUAAAACAUGCCAGUAUAAAUAUGCAGCCUCAGAUAAAUUUUCCCCGAGUGCAUUCUGCAUUAUUGAUGCUUUAGCAAAUUCCCUCUGACAGCAGCCACGGAGCUAGACGCUGCUGUAAGAGGAAAACUGCUCUAAUUGAUUUCCCCAAAUUAUCUCUCCGUGCACUGAACUACUGCACACGCCAUACACCAGUUUUCAUCUGUAAAAUUCUCCAGCACUUGUACAAUACUGCUAUCUAAUGUUAGAAAAGUGUAUUGCACCAUUUAAUCCAUUUUAUAUACACUGUGAACAGGAAGGUUCCGAGAGGAUAUGUUUUCAGCUUAAGGACGUGUACAGUAUUUAUUUUACUUUGUGAGGUGUGAUAGCUUUUAUAUAAUACGUAGGUCAUGCAGUACAAAGUCGAGUGAUUGUUGAUAUUUGAGCAAUGAUAAAGAAUGUGCUUAAUUGUGACCACUCAUAGCAAAUACCCAUGUGUUUGGAGUUCUGUAUGUGUACCAUGUUGAUCUUUUCUAUCAUUCAUAUUCAACUGUCUGCCAAAAAAAAAAUAUGCACUUUUUAUAUUAAAAUAACAAAUAAAGUUCAAACUACA